UGGCACUGCGCUGAGUGGCAACGAGAUGAGCAGGCAGCCGACUGGUGGCGCCACCACCGCCGCAACGUCGGCAGGAAAGCUCUCGGAUAUGUUCCAGAAGAAAACGCAGAAGUCGGCAGCUACGACUGCGCCUGCCUUUCAGUUUGGAUUCGUACCCGAGGAGCCUGGUGUCGUUGCAGUUGACGCCACCGCAACCCCGACCGCAUCUGUGAAAUCAAAGAAACCAAAGAAGAAGAAGAACAAAGCAUCUCAAGGAGAUGGCGCUGCGUCGGGAGAAUCAAUGGACUCCACCACGGAGGUGAACGUGACGCGAGACGAGGUUCCAUCCAAACACGAUGCGUCGGAGGACGCUGUCGCCACAAUCACAGACGCAGUCGCAGCCGCCUCCAUCGAGGAACCGGACAAGAAAAAGAAAAAGAAGAAAAAGAAGAGCAAGGCGAAAAAGGCCGCCCCUGUCGCCGUGCAGGACGAGCCGAAGGGUUUUGAGUUUUUAUUUACGUUUGACAAGGUCGGGUUCUCCGAACAAGAGUUGGCUGCCAUGGCGCCGUCGUCUUCGUCAAGUAAAUCCAAGGCAAAGAAGGCCAAUGCCAAGCAAAAAGCAAGCAAUUCGUCGGCGAAAGGUCCGGCUGUGCCUCCACCUCCUCCAUCCGUCACGACGGGAACGUCGACCUAUGUGACGCUGCGCAAAGCAACCGACAACAGCUCGGAAGUGCAAAAGAUGCAACUGCGGUACGGCAAAGGCAAGCGAAUACACGUGGCUAAGAAGAAGGUGACAACAUCUGCCGGCGACAAGCAAGCCUCAGUGGCACCGCCGCCGGCCCCAGCCUUCAAGUUUAACUUUUAAAGCAAUCGAGAGUAGUUUGAAUUCCA